AUGCUUCUUCAGACAUGGAGCAGAAACGCAUUCACUGGCUCCAUUCCCGACUUUGGCAAUCUAAAACAGCUGCAAUUCCUUCGUCUUAACGACAAUAAUUUGAAGGGAGCAGAAUCGCCAAAUCAACAACUGGAAUUUUUCUCUUCUUUAACAAACUGCCCAUAUUUGCUUCAAUUGGAAUUUAGCAACAAUGCCAUGAUGAAUGGUAUCCUUCCGGCUUCCAUUGGGAACUUAUCUGGUUAUCUUUUCAGCAGCAUACGGGGAACUAUUCCUCCCGGAGUUGGAAAUUUGAGGAAUUUGCAGGUUUUGGAAUUAUCCAAUAAUCGACUCAUCCCGACAACGAUUGGAUACUUGGAAGGACUUGUGAGGUUGUAUCUAUAUAACAACCGUUUGGAAUGGGGCAUCAUCCUGACUACAUUUGCAGAAGGAAAUAUACCAGCAUCUUUUGGAAAUGUGACACAACUUGAGUCGUUGGACUUGUCUUCAAAUCGAUUGGAAGGGGAAAUUCCAACAGAGCUAACAAAGCUCACAUUUCUUUCUGUCAUAAACCUUUCCAUGUAUAAUCUUUCAGGAAAGAUACCUCAAUCCAAUGGCCAGUUUUCCACAUUUGAAAAUACAUCAUAUGUUGGGAACUCUGGACUAUGUGGAUUUCCGUUAACACGAAAAUGUGAAGAGCCUUCGCCUCCUAUGAUCCUGCAAGAAGAUGGUUAUGAUGAUUAUGGUAUUCUAGAUGGAUUCUGUUGGCAGGCGAUUGUUUCUGGAUAUGGAUUUGGAUUCGUAAUCGGUUGUGUGAUUCUUGGGUAUGGAAGGCCUAAAUGGUUGGUGGAAUGGAUCUACAGAUUUUACAGGUUAAAGAUGAGAAGCCGUAGAGGAAAUGUGGCACCACAAAGAAGAAGAAGAAGAUAA